AUGGCCGACUCUGUGGAAUUCGACACGAUCUACCCCGCCGAUUCCGUGGAAUUCUGCCCGCAUCCGAGUGCAAGCGAUCUGCUCGUCUGUGGGACGUAUAAUCUCGUGAAAGAUGCCCCCACAGCGGAGGACUCGACUCAAAAAAGGAUCGGACAAUGUCUCCUUUUCAAGAUAUCAGAAAAUCCGACCCUGGCUCUAUUCGAUGCGGGUGUCACCACGAUACAAAGCCAUCCACACAAGGAGAAUCAGUUGGCCGUGGGAAGCUACGACAACACGGUCCGGUUGUUCGACAAACGCAAGCCGUCGGUUCCGUUCGCACAGUCAGACGUCGGUGGGGGUGUAUGGAGGGUAAAAUGGCACCCGUCUCCGGAGCGAAAAGACGAUUUGCUGGUGGCUUGUAUGCACGACGGAUUCAAAUUAGUCCGCUUUGACGCAGGGGAUCCCGCGAUCGUGACGAGAUUCGACCGUCACACCUCUUUGGCGUAUGGAGCAGACUGGUCCUUUUCGGACGCAAAUGCGGCGACAACCGUGGCCAGUUGUUCAUUCUAUGAUCACAAAUUGCAUCUCUGGCGGGCCUAA